CAGAAAGAGCGGCUUCCAUUUUUUGACGAGACCGAGAUAUAGACCCCGUUUUUUCCUCCCCGUUCCAGGGUUUCUUCACCCAAACCUGAUGAGAUCCAUGGAUCUCCUCAACUAGAAACCCUAGCAAUCUGAUCUCAGAUCUUGUUCUUGAAUUCCUCAUUCAGGAUUUCAGGUCUUCUUCCGCUCAGGAUCUUGUUCUUGAAUUCCUCGUUCAGAAUGCUGAGGGAUUUGAGGAUAUUUCGUCGGAAUUCUGGGAAGUUCCAGGGAGGAAACAAUGAGAACGUUCCGGUUGGUGGAUCGGAGUCCGCUACUUCUCAGCGGGACUCCGAUUCGUCCAGGGAUCCUCUUAACGCGAUUCAAGAAUGUGUGCUAAACCCUAAGCCGGGGGUGGAUCAAGGAACGAUUUCGAGGAGGAAGGCGGAGACGACCCCUUCGAAGAACCAGACAAAGGGAUCUGAUUCGCAGCACUUGCCGUUCCGUACUCCGGAAAAGCCAGCAGCAGGUAGGAAUAGGUUUGGUUGGGUCGCGAAGGGUGAGCAUGGGGCAAUGGGUGUGGAGAAUGGUGAUGAGUUGAGCCACCAAGGUCCCAGCCAGCUGCCGCCCCUAAGCCGUGGCCCAAGCUUGGGAAUUGGGGGCGGUUACAGUACCAAUACUCCUCGUUCGUAUCGGGCGGCUGGGAAGGCUUCAUCAGUCCACUCCGAUAGCAGUUCCACUCAGAGCACACCAUCCAAGAGUGUUACAAAGCCUACUUACUCUGGGUUCAGCGGCUCCCGCCCUCCUUUGGGCUUGGGGAAUCGGAUGAUGAGCUUUUCCAUGGCAUCAAAGGGGAUCACGAUUUCAUCCACGCCACCAACAGUUGUUAAUACAGCUGAAGUGCCUCAUUUUGAACUUAAAGAGGAACCCUCCUUCUGGAUGGACAACAAUGUACAGGUUGUGAUCCGUGUCCGUCCUCUCAAUAGCACAGAGCAAAACUUGCAAGGGUACCACAGAUGCCUGAAGCAAGAGAGUGCGCAGAGCAUUACUUGGAUUGGGCAACCAGAGACCCGAUUUACUUUUGACUAUGUAGCAUGUGAAACAAUAAAUCAGGAGAUGCUUUUUCGGGUGGCUGGUCUGCCAAUGGUUGAGAACUGUAUGUCUGGUUACAAUAGUUGCAUUUUUGCAUAUGGUCAGACGGGGAGUGGGAAGACAUACACAAUGCUCGGUGAGAUCAGCGAAUUGGAAGUGAGUCCUAGCCCAGACCGUGGGAUGACACCACGGAUAUUUGAAUUCUUGUUUGCAAGGAUCAGAGCGGAAGAGGAAAGCAGGAGGGAUGAGAAACUUAAAUACAAUUGCAGGUGUUCCUUCCUAGAGAUUUACAACGAACAAAUCACUGAUCUUCUUGACCCUUUUUCUACCAAUCUUCUUCAGUUACGGGAAGAUAUAAGGAAGGGUGUGUAUGUUGAAAAUCUCACUGAAUUUGAAGUUGAGAGUGUAAAUGAUAUUCUUAAGCUUCUUAUGCAGGGUGCUGCAAAUAGGAAGGUGGCAGCGACAAACAUGAACCGUGAGAGCAGCCGUUCUCACAGUGUUUUUACAUGUGUAAUUGAGAGUAGAUGGGAAAAAGAUUCAACCAGUAACUUACGUUUUGCAAGGCUGAACCUUGUGGAUCUAGCUGGUUCAGAAAGGCAAAAGACAUCAGGUGCUGAAGGCGAGCGUCUUAAGGAAGCUGCAAAUAUUAAUAAAUCAUUGUCAACACUUGGUCAUGUAAUAAUGGUUCUAGCUGAUGUGGCACAUGGGAAGCAAAGACAUGUUCCUUACAGGGAUUCAAGGCUGACAUUUCUUCUCCAGGACUCUCUUGGUGGCAACUCAAAAACCAUGAUCAUUGCAAAUGUCAGUCCUUCGAUCUGCUCUGCUAGUGAAACACUAAGUACCCUCAAAUUUGCUCAGCGGGCUAGGCUCAUCCAAAACAAUGCUGUUGUGAAUGAAGAUGCUUCAGGAGAUGUUAUAGCUUUACAACAUCAAAUACGUUUGCUAAAGGAGGAGCUUUCAGUACUUAAGCAUCAAAAAGUCUCAAGAUCGCUAUCAUUUCGUAAGGCAGUAUUUGAAGAUUUUGAGAAUGAAGCUUGUGAUGUUUCUGAUGUUGAAAAAUUGCAAGGAGUGGCCGAAGUAGAUGCUGAUGAGUCCCACCACAAUGAAACUUGGCACAGUAUAAGAGUCUCAGCUAAACAGUUGAAAUCACUGGAAGCAACAUUGACCGGUGCACUAAGAAGAGAAAAAAUGGCAGACAAUGCUAUUAAACAACUUGAAGCUGAAAUUGAACAGUUGAACCGCUUGGUUCGUCAAAGAGAGGAGGAUACUCGGUGCACCAAGAUGAUGCUAAAGUUUCGGGAGGAUAAGAUUCACAGAAUGGAGGACCUACUGAAGGGCCUGGUGACAACAGACUCAUAUUUACAGGAAGAGAAUAAUGCUUUGUCCGAACAAGUCCAGUUACUUCAUGCAAGAGUGGAUAGGAAUCCAGAAGUGACUCGCUUUGCAUUGGAGAAUAUCAGACUCUUGGACCAACUCAGAAAGUACCAAGAUUUCUAUGAAGAAGGAGAAAGAGAGAUUAUAUUAACAGAAGUAUCAGAAUUACGCAAUCAGCUCUUACAUAUCCUUGAUGGAAAGUCUGAACAUGAGCAGCACCACAAGUUAGACAUGGAACCAAAGGAGGCUGGACAACCUCAACUGGAUAGUUUGGCCAGAGAAAAAGAAGCUUUAUCUAUAGAGCUAAAGAAGACCUCCCAAGAGUUAGAAAAUUGCAGGAUUAACCUGAAAUCUUGCUUAGAACUAAAUGAAAAACUUACGAGGGAGAUAAGCAAUCUGCACACUGAAUUAAACAACAUCAAGUCUACAAACAAUGCUCAGCAUGUUAAUGUCAAUAGGAAUAUCGAAUCAUGUUCAGAAUCAACCCAAACAAACAGUCAGGCUCAUGGAAAUAGGGUACAAUGCCCACUUGAAAUGAAGCUUGCUGAAGAGAUUUUGAACUUACAGCUGGAGUUGGAUAUACUUAAAACAAUUCUAGGUGAGGAGAAGUCAUCUCGUGUAGAGGUUGAGAAGAGGGCUACUCAUGCAAAUGAUGAACUUACAACCGCCAAUGGAAGGAUUUUGCAGAUCAGCAAGCAGCAUGAAGAUUUAAGUAAUGAACUGAAAGAUGCAAGAUCUGUCAUUGAAGCUCUGGAAUCCCAACAUGUCCUUUUGAUAAAUGAGCUGGAAAAACUGAGGGAUAACAAUAAUCAUUACAUAGAGCUACUAAAGAAUCAGGAGCAGGACAUCUCUACAUUGAGAAAGAAGCUUGAUGGUCAUUUUGAAGGGAAAGAGAAACCAUACUUUGCAAAUGAAGAGUUUACAUGUCAGUCUUUCAAACAUUUUGAAAACGAGGACUCCCCUUUGCAGGUGAAGCUUAAAAAGAUGCAAGAUUCUCUUGAAAAAGCGAGGAACCUGAACAUGAGGUACCAAGGUGAUCAGGUAUCUCAGACAUCUCUUGAACAAGAAAUGGAUGAAGUCCGCAGACAGGUUGAGGUGGAGACGGCUGAAGUGAUUGUAUGCUUGCAAGAGGAACUCAUGGCACUUCAACAACAGGUUGAUGAUAGCAGCAGAAAUGAGUUAAUGGCUAAACAGGGCAUGGUGGCACUGGAAAGGGAGAUCAAAGAUCUCCAUGAAGGGCUAUGCUUGGUGAAGCAGGAAAAUGAAAGGCUGUGUGAAUUGGUUGAAGAGAAAGACAGGGAUCUAAGAUCCAUGACUGAUGACUGGGAAAGAUUAGCUUAUGAGAUUGCAGAUAUUCUUACUGAUGGAAAUACAGCUCUUGAGGAAGCUUCUGAACAGGUUGCUUGUAUUUCGGAGUCCUUUCCGCAACGCAGUUGGAUCAGUGAGAAGAUUGAGAGAAUGAUAGAGAGCCUUUCUCAGAAAGAUAUGUUGAUUGAAGAACUUCAGAAUUGUUUGCAAGAUGCACAGGAUGUAAGAUGUGACAUGGAGUGGAAGUUAAGGUCCUUAAGAGGAGCAACACUGGCUAUAACUGAAGCACAGCAGCAAGAAAGCAUGGACAAAGAAAAAGAAAUUCUUCAACUGACAUCACAAUUAUCGGAAAAGACUUCUUUAAUAGUUGAUUUAGAGAAUAAUAUUAAACUUCAAAAGGAACAGAUUAGGAAAUCUGAGGUUUGUUCAACUGUUGCCUUCAUAGUAGUUAGCAGAUUAUCUGAGAUAAACACAGCGCAUCUCCAGGAACUUGAGCAUGUAAAACUUCUGCUCGAUGAAUCCACAGAAAUGAUAUUGCAGAAGGAUUCUCUUUUACAAUGUCAAAUGUCUUUGCAUGCUGAUGCAGAAAAACAAAUUCAAGAUCUGAGCUGGCAGCUAGAGAAGUCUCAGGGGCAAAUUGCCGAAAUACUAAGACAUGUCCAGGAGCAGGAACAAGCUCAAGCUUUGGAAUGCCUAAAAAAGGAAGAGGAAGAAGUUGCUUUAUCUAAAAUUGUAGAAGAUCUUUCAAAAGCAAAGACGGUGAUAAAUGAGUUUGAACUGGGAGUGAGUACACUGCAUGCUUGUAUGAGAGAUAGUGUUGAUCUGGCUGAUGGCCCUGCAGAAGUACAUGAUUCUGGAAAGUACUCGAAUGAAUGGGCAGGCAACAACUCCGAGGACCGGAUUGAAUCAAAUCGAGUCGUCAACAGCAACGUGCAAAAUAAUGUUGAGUGGAUGUCUGGAUGUAGCACAGGGAGUGCAAUUGGCAAGAAUGCAAAUGAGUCUGAGUGUAGAAUGCUUUUGAAAGAUGAUUCUGAUAGGGAGACAACCAUUCUCCUCCUAAGGAAGGAAUUAGAGUGUGCACUUGACAGACUACAGGAAGUGCAGGCUCAAAUGAUUAAACUACUAAAUAAAAAGGAAGAGAUUAAGAAAUCUGAGAAACAAAGCCAAACAAGCAUCGAGCAUCUUACUAACGAAGUACUUCGAUUGAAAUCAGAUAUUAUUGAUAAAGAAAUACAGUUUGACAUUCGCUUGCAGGAGUUGGAAGAUAAACUGCAAAAAGUUAAGAAAAAUGCAAUAGCAUCUAGUGAAUGUUGGUGCAAAGCCAAAGAGGUACUUGAGCUCGAGAUCAAUGAUGCAAAAGCUGUUGCUGCCCAAAAGACAAUUGAGGCUUCCGUUCUUCUUGCAAAGAUUGAGGAAGCACAAGAAACCAUGAGAGAUGCUGAUUUUAUGAUCAAUGCACUGAUGCAAGCAAAUGAAAUUGCAAAAUUUGAUAUAGAAAGACAUCAGAAAAUUGAAACCACAUUAAACUGUGAAAGGAAUAGUUUAUUGAAUGAGGUACAAAGUCUGCAAUCUUCAAUUCAUAUGAAGGAACAGGAAUAUAAGUUAAUGGAGAAGAAUUUCCAGUCAAAUCUUAUUGAAGCAAAUAGUUUAGUUCUGGAGCUUAUGGAUAGUUUUAAGCAUCUACAGACUGUUUUCACAGAAAAAUUCAAAUUUCUAGUCUGCGAUCUUGAGUGGCUCAAGGCUCAGGUUCAACACUUUGCACAGUCAGCAAGGUCCUGGUUGGAAGAGAUUUGGUCAGAGAUUAUUGGAAAAGAUUGUGCUGUGUCUGUGUUGCAUCUUUGUCACAUGGGAAUUUUGUUAGAGAGAUUAACCGGGCUGAAUGCUGAAAAUGGUUUUCUUCAUCGUGGGCUGUCUGAAUCUAAUUCUGUAAUUGCUGACCUGAGAGAACAUAAUAUCAAAGCCAAAAAAGAACUUGAAAUGUGCAGCAUUCUCAAGGGUAAGUUACUAGUGGACAUCAAUAACAGUUUUAACCGCAUUUCAAAGAAAGAAGAUGAAACGUCUGAGUUUAGAGCAAGGCUAGGUUCAUUUGAAAAGAAAAUUUUGCAUUUACAAUUGCUCGAAGAAUCAAUGUUGGCUAGGUCAAAUUCUAUGGGCACUGAACUUUCUAUUUUGGUCAAGGAGUUGGAGGCUAACAACAGAAAUGCCCUAACAGCAAAAUCAGUUCAGGAUAAAACAUUGAGGGAAAAAGAAGAACUCUAUAAGCAAUUGGAGAAUGCAUCAAGAUUGCUAGAUGGCAUCCAGAGUAUUAAUGGAAUGUUUAGGGACUCGCUCCUUGAAGAUUUGUCUCUGCUUGUUGCUGAUUCACAUCCUGAGUGUCAAUUGAAGCUAGAAGCUCUGAAGUCCGGCAACAUGGGAUCUAUCGAAGAAUUUGAACUGUACAGGAUUCUCAUUAGCUGUCGAACUGAGUCUGUUGUGAUUAAUUUGUUUGCAAAAGAUAUUGAGGUACUUGUUGUGCAAUCAGAGAUGGAGCAGAAUAUGAAGGAAAUUGAUCAUAUGGCUUCGCAGAUAACUGACUUAGAAAGACAGAGAGACAGUUUCAUCAGGAUCAUUGAUAAAAUUAAGAUGGAAAUGAUUCUAAAUAACAUAGACAAGGAUCAGAAAAGUAGUGAAAUGCAUUCUUUGCUUCUGGAAAAUGAAAAGCUGAGAAAUGACCUACUGAAGAUGAAGGAAGAGCAUUUCAGAGUCACUGAACAUUUGCAGGAGAUGGAAACAGGAUUUGCACCUUCUCUUAGCCAUAUAAAUGCUAUCAAUCAGGAAAAUCACAGGUUAGAGGACAGAAUUUUCUCUUUGGAGACCUACAUUACAAAUCUCCAAACUGAUUUAGACAGGAAAAAUGCAGAACUUGACGAGGUACUUCAUUCACAAUCUAUCAUAUCUAAGGAGCUUGAUUUGAAAACUGAGAUGUCUAAAAUUCAAAUUGAGCAAGCAAAGUUCUUGAAAUCUGAGAAUGAUUCGUUGCAAAAUGAGGUAAGGGCAUUUAUGACCAAGAAAGAUGAAAUCACUGUGAUGCUUAGGUUCAGGCUUAAGAGUGCUUUUGAUUUGGCUCAAUCAAUAGAUAUCAUUGUCGACAGGAUGUUCCAUUUGAUAGAUGACCAAAUUGUUCUCAUGAUGGACAGAAUGGAUCAAGAAAAUUUUGAGCAAAAAGAAGCAGCAUCAAAGUUUGUCAAUGAGUUAGAAUUCUUCGAGCUCUCAAUUGAAAAACUAAUGUCUGAGAUUUCUUCUCUAAAGUCCGAGUUGAUGCGGAAGGAUGAAGUCUUAAAAGGCCUGCUAUUUGAUCUGAGCUUAUUGCAGGAGUCAGCAUCAAUUGCAAAGGACCAAAAGGAUGAACUUGAAGAGAUGGCUACUGCAUUGGAAUCUGUAGAAGAGGAACUGGCAUCAAAAUCAUGUGAACUUGAUGAGGCCUCUGCUCAUGGACGGAUGCUAGAAGCUGAACUACUUGAGAAAAAUGAGAAGAUAUCUGCUCUUGAGUUAGAGAUUGCUGAGAAACUUGGUAAAUUGAAGUUAGUUUAUACUGAGAACCUUGAGUUAAAAGCUGAACUGGAAAACAUUAUUGGGAUAAAGAAUUCUACAGAGGAAGAGUUAAGAGAGAAAAUUAAGGCUGCUGAAAGGUUGGAGGAAGAGAUACUUGAAAUGAGCUCUUUGCUUGGCCAAAGGGAUCAUUUGCUUGAAGAUUUGCAGAGUGACAUGACUAAACUUGCAGAUGAAAGGGAUCAUCUUGAUUCUGAAGUUCUUGACCUGAAAGAGAAGCUGGAAAUGGCAAAAGCUCUUGUUGAAGAAAAUGAAGCAAUUGCUACAGAAGCUCAUCAGUUAGCAGAAGCAAAGAAGGCUUAUGCUGAAGAAAAAGAAGAGGAGGUCAAGCUAUUGGAGAGGUCUGUUGAGGAGCUUGAAUGCACUGUAUAUGCAUUGGAAAACAAGGUGGAUAUUGUAAAAGCAGAAGCUGAGAGACAACGACGGCAGAGAGAAGAAUUAGAAAUGGAACUUCAGGCAGUGAGAUGUCAAAUGCUGAUGGUACCUGCCUCUAGUAAUAUAUGGAAUACAACGGGUGACCAUAAUGACCCAACAAGGCCUCUUAAACAGAAAAUAACUGAGUUAGAAGAAGCCCAGCGUAAUGUACAAAUUCUUCAGAAGGAAGUUGCAGAAAAGGAUGCAGAGAUUGUCCAAUGCAAAGCACACAUAUCUGAGCUUAACAUGCAUGCAGAGGCACAAGCAAGAGAGUAUAAACAGAAGUUUAAGGAAUUGGAGGCUAUGGCACAGCAAGUCAAGACUGAUCCUGCAUCCUUCAAUGCUACAAGCUUAACAUCAGCAAAAUCAGAAAAAAGUGCCCCAAAGUCUAGGGGAUCAGGUUCCCCAUUUAAAUGUAUUGGCUUGGGACUGGUACAGCAAAUGAAUUUGGAGAAGGAUGAGGACUUGAUUGCAGCAAGGCAUCAAAUAGGGGAGCUUGAAGCCCUAGCCGCAAGCCGACAGAAGGAGAUCUUCAUGCUGAACACACGACUGGCAGCAGCAGAGAGCAUGACUCAUGAUGUUAUUCGGGAUCUGCUAGGAGUUAAGUUGGACAUGACAAAUUAUGCAUCAUUAUUAGAUAACCAUCAAACACUUAAGGUUAAGGAGACAGCUCGCCAUGGAGGUGACGAAUCACAAGAAAAGGAACAAGAGGGGAUCAAGCUAAGGAAGCAACUUCACGAAUUCAUUGCAGAGAGGCAAAGCUGGUUGGAUGAAAUAAAUCAAAGACACAAAGAAUUGGUAGCUGCACGUGUCACGGUGGAAAAACUUCGUCAGCGGGACCAGUUCAUUAGCACUGAAAAUGAAAUGUUGAAGGUGGAGAAUGCGAACUACAAGAAGAUGACCAUGGAACUUGAAGAUGAAGUGAAAAAGUUCUCCAGCCAACAGAAUCUCCAGCAGCGCAUUCAUCACCAUGCAAAAAUCAAGGAAGAGAACAGUCUCUUAAGAUUACAGAAUGAAGACCUAAAUGCGAAGUUGCAUCGAUUGGAAGCAGUCCUUUCACGGCUGGAAGAAGAGCUUGCUCGCCAUCGAGCUUCUUCUGGAAAGAACCCCUAUGUUGACAUUGACGAGGAGGAGCGGUUGAGAAGGAAACUACAGGAUAGUGAAGAGGACAGAAUCCAAUUGGCCCAAAAGCUAUCGAGCUUAUCUAGCAGCAUUUUGAAGGUUGCUGGACUAACACAGUCUGCUUCCGAUAUAAGCCCCUUGGCAGCACAAGAUGCACUAGACCAAAUAAAGGAUCGUGUUAGAAAACUGGAAAAUGAAGUGGAAGAUUUGAUACUAAAGUGCAAAAUAUUGCGCGAAAAGAUUCGGCUGUGUGAGCUUGGGCGACAAUCAUCACCAUUUCGCUGGAAGACAGACGAGAACUUUCUACCGUCAAGCGCAUCAGAGUCUCCAUCUUUCUCGUCUUCAUGACGGGCAGACAAAUGUUGUACAUGUUGGUAGUUUGCUAACAGAUUAAGCUCACUCUGAUGGUCAAGUUGUUUAGGAAGGAAGAUUAGCUGGUCAAAUGACUUUGCUGAUUCUUCUGCUAUUUGUUCAUGUUCCUUCCUACAUUAUAUAGCAAUUCAAUUAUAUUCAUUUCAACUCUA